AUGUUCAAAAAAGUGAAAAAUGUCUUGAAGCUUAAGAAAACAACAAAAUAAAAGGGUUAAGAUUUACUAGACAUUGAAUUAAAACGUAAAACAACAAUUAUAUAAUAUGAUCAAAUGGUUAAAGAUUAAUUCAAUUAAGAUAGUACAAUAGAUACUUGUAAGAAUAAAGAGUAUGAGGAUUAUAAAGUAUAAAUAGAAGACUCUUUAAUUGGAAUAGCUUUAAAAUUUGAUAUGAGUGUAGAACUAUUAAAGAGAAUAAAUCAUUUGAGCAGUGAAUUUAUUUGUUAAGGAAUGGUUUUAAAAGUGUUUAAAUUGAAUGAAGAAAACUUUUAAUAAGAAGAUAAUGAUGAGUAGGAUAUUGAAUAAGAUAUUUGGAAUUAUUAGAUAUAACAAUAUAGAAAUAUUCCAAUGUAUUAUUGUAUGGAUGAUUAAAAUGUAAAAGGUUUAAUGAGUGUAAGAGAGGAUAUGAUACUAUUUGAUACAAAUAAUGUUCAAUAAUAAUAAGGGAAGAGAGCCAUUUAUAAUGCAAGCAUUUCUAUAAGGGAUAUUAAUGAAGCUAUUGUUCAUGUUUUACCUAAUUCAAAUGGUUAAAAAGACUAUUUGAUAUAAAUAUUAUUAAAUGGAAUAGGUAGAGUAGAAUUUGAAAAGAAGUUUAGAAAAAAGCUUGAGAAGUAUAAAAAGUAAAAAAAGAGCAUAGCUACAGUAUUUUUUAGAGUAUAAUAUAAAUUGUAAAAUUAAGUAUCAAGAGAGAAAUGAAUAAGGUAAACUUUUUGCAGAAGAAGUUAAAUUGGAAAUGUGUAAUGCUAUAACUGAUUUAAUUAAUCAUUCAAUUUAAAAUGUUUAGCAUCAAGAAAAUUUAAUUAAUUUAACAAAGCUUCCUUAUAUAGAUUUAAUUGAUGAAAGCAACCGCUAUUAACAUUUAAUCUAAAAGGAAGAAUUAGAUAACGUUAUUGGUAAAAGGAUGGGAAGUAAAUUAAUUUAAAUUAUCAUAUAGGAUUAUGGGCAAGUAUUUCUUAUGUGCCGAAAUAUAAAGCUAAUUCAAAAUGUUUGAAUGAGAGUCUUUAUAAAUAAUUAAUUGAACUGAUGCCUGCUAUUUAUCGAUUGUGUAAUUGGAAUAUUAAAUUUACAAUUGAUAAAGAUGGUUCAAGUUAUUAAUAAUUAUUACUUUCAUUACAAAAUUAACAUCCUUUCUUUUUUACUAUUAAAGAUAAGGAUGGAAAUGUUUUUGGAGCUUAUGUUUCAUCAGAAUUAUAAGUAUCUAAACUUAAAUUUCAUGGAACAGGAGAAACAUUUCUAUUCUAAGUAAAUAUAUUAAUAAUUAGAUUUAAAGUAAGAUGAGUUGCAAAUGAUUCCAUAUUAUUGGAAAGAAACAAAUAAUGAUUUUGUUUAUUGUGAUUCAGAUGGAUUUUGUGUUGGAUGUGGUCCUUCUUUUGGUAUCUUUAUCGAUCAAAAAUUAUACUUUGGUUAUAAUAAUCCUUGUUCAACUUUUGAUAAUCCAAGAUUCACAUAAAAUGAAAAAUUCUUAAUUUAACAUUUUGAAGUAUGGACUAUAGAGUAAUUAUGA